AUGUCUCGUUGUCGUGUUGCUGUGUUGGCGGUCGUCGUUCUCAUGCUGCUUUGUGUUGCAGAGAAUGAGGCAGCCAAUAAAAAGUUGACGUGCUCCCAGGCUAAGGGGGUCUGUAGAGACAACUGCCUCCCAACAGAGAUCGUGGUUGGAAAGGCUCCCUUUGCAGAGAAUGAGGCAGCCAAUAAAAAGUUGACGUGCUCCCAGGCUAAGGGGGUCUGUAAAGACAACUGCCUCCCAACAGAGAUCGUGGUUGGAAAGGCUCCCUGUGAGGGAGAUGCUUCGCGUCCUGGGUCGUGUGCAUGUGUCCCACGGUCCGUGAAGGCGUCCUGGCUCUCGGUUCUGCGGCUGUGGACCCGGAGCGGCGGCCCGCUGCACCUCAGUGCCGAGCAUCUCUCCCCCGGAGCCGGAGUCAUGGCCCCGGACAGUAAGUACCUGCUCCUCCCGAGGCUGCAUGCUGCCACAGUCACCCCAGAGGCCAUCGGCUUCCUGUCCGCCGUGGGCGUCUUCAUCGUGGCGUUGGCCGUCCUCUUCCUCUUCAUCAACAAGAAGUUGUGUUUCUCACGCGUGGGGGGGCUGCCCUGCCUGGAGGAACAUGGCCGCCGCAAGAAGGGACGCCAAGGAAUCCGUCAGGGUCUCGCUGUGCAGCUUCAGUCGCUGCUGCUCAGCCCAGAUGUUCCCCAGCCGGUCGGAGCCGGUUCCAGAGGCUUCGUUAUCGGAUCUGAAGCGACAGCAGCAGCAGGACGCUGGAGCCCGGAGUGGGCGGAGUCUGAGAGUCGACCUCUGGAAACGCUCCGGAGCAGGAGGAAGCAGCUCGGGAUCAAAAGCUCAAAGUGGAAACUUCGCUUUAACCGAAUCGAUGAAACUCACUCGUCACUUCCAGUGGACAGCUUCGGGGACGACGACGGCCUCAGCUCGUCCGACAGCGAGGACGAGGUCCUGAAGCAGUUUGAGAUCUCCGUGUCGCGCUCGCAGAGCUUCCGCUGCACGGCGCCCGGCGGCGGGGGGGCGGAGCAGCCGGCGCAGACGUCCCAGCUCGCGUUGGGUCGACGCCACAAGUUCACACGCCUGUCGGACCAGGAGGAGGGGAGCACCGAGCCGUCGGACUGUGAAGAGAUGGCGGCUCAGAACCAGUCGGGCUUCCAGGACCCGCUGUCGGCCGCGGUCGAGGAACUGGAGAGGGCGUCGUCCGCCCCCCCCGACCACCCGUCUCUCCACGACACAUCGGACGCCAGGGAGAGUCCCGCCCCCAGCACGAGGCGACCGGCCGCGGACGGCAGCGAGGACACGCAGCCGGCGGCGCAGGAUCGCGACCAACAUGACAUCACGGACAGCUCCUCCACCUGGAGCCCCGAGCAGGAGCAGCCUCCCAAAGAGGAGGUCUCGUCCCAGCCGGUCAGCUCCUUCCGCCCCCCCAUCUGCACCUGUGGAGACCUGGUCCUGUCGCUGGAGUACCGGCCCGAGGUGGAGAAGCUGCUGGUGUCGGUGGUGGCGGCCCGGGACGUCCCGGACAAGGCUCGCAGCGGGAUGGACUCCUGGCAGGUGCACAUGGUCCUGCUUCCCGCCAAGAAGCAGCGGCACAAGACCUCGGUGCAGAAGGGUUCGCUGCCGCACUUCAACGAGACCUUCCGCUUCUCGCGCCUGGAGCCGGCCGACCUGCAGAUGUCGGCCGUCAGGUUCCGUCUGUACGCUCUGGGAGGCAGGAUGUCCCGGGAGAAGAUGAUGGGAGAGAAGGUUCUGCGUCUGGGGGGACUCCACCCGGGAGGAGGGACCAUGGAGACCACGCUGGUCCUGGAGCCGCGCAGUAACCUCAAGAGCGUGGACUCGCUGCUCAGUCUGUCCGCGGUGUCUCAGAGCGACAGCGCCUCCUCCACUCAGUCCCUGACGCACGGCGGCGUCCCCGAGCUGCUGGUCGGCCUCUCCUACAACGCCACCACGGGGCGCAUGUCGGUGGAGCUCAUCAAGGGAAGCCACUUCAGGAACCUGGCCGUCAACAGACCCCCAGACACGUACGGGCGUCUGUCUCUGCUGAACUCGAUGGGUCAGGAGAUCUCUCGCUGUAAGACCUCGGUGCGCCGCGGCCAGCCCAACCCGGUCUACAAGGAGACCUUCAUGUUCCAGGUGGCGCUGUUCCAGCUGUCGGACGUCACUCUGCUGGUGUCCAUCUACAGCCGGCGCAGCAUGAAGCGCAAGGAGAUGGUGGGCUGGAUCUCUCUGGGUCAGAACAGCAGCGGCGAGGAGGAGCAGCUGCACUGGCAGGACAUGAAGGAGAGUCGAGGUCAGCAGGUCUGCCGCUGGCACGUCCUGCUGGAGGCGUAACGCCGGGCCGGAGCCGGGUUCUGAUCUAGGUGGAAGUUUAUUCUUUAUGAGAGGAAAGAAAAGGACUGACAGGACGAUGCAUGUGGAGCUUCACCUCCGUCCAAACCUGGAGGGGAAUCCAACCUUGUUCUGUGGAGACCUGAACAAAUUCAUCUGCUCCUGGAGGCUGAUGGACCUUCAGAAUAAAUACAUAUUUACUGAUGAAUCAAAUUAACUAAAUCAAAGACAGAUGUUGCACAAUGAAGCUUUUGAAUUUGGAUUCUGUUGCACGAUUCUCCAACUUUCUUUUUGUCGUCCAAUCGUUAAUGUUUCUGUAGACUUGAAGGUUUAGAGCAGAAAUGGUUUUAGCUCCAUCAGCCUCAAGGAGCCGGGAACUCGUCCUCUUCUGUCGUUGUCUUUGUUUCUGUCACA